AUGCAGAUUUUUGUCAAGACGCUGACGGGGAAGACCAUCACCCUGGAUGUCGAGGCGUCUGACACCAUCGACAAUGUGAAGGCCAAGAUCCAGGACAAGGAAGGCAUCCCACCCGACCAGCAGCGCCUGAUCUUCGCGGGCAAGCAGCUGGAGGAUGGCCGCACGCUCAGCGACUACAACAUCCAGAAGGAGUCGACUCUGCACCUGGUGCUGCGCCUCCGUGGCGGCGUCAUUGAGCCAUCCUUGGCCGUUCUGGCGCGAAAGUUCAACUGCGAGAAGAUGGCAGGUGCCUUUAAAGUGAAAGAGGGCGCCCCUGGAGAGGAUUUUUUGGUUCUGAGGCGCGAAGACGGCGAAGCCGAAGACGGAAAGAGAGAGACGGCGAAGAAGCGACUCAAGCGACCUUUCUCCGUCCGUCUGUGCCGCGAUCCUCUCUCAGGUCAGCGGACCUCGCGAGUGGUGCAGGACAACCCAGAUGCGCAAGCGCAGACGGCGACAGUGGCGCCUAUGGUCGGCCUCCGGCAAGAUUUGGACGGCGACGAAGCUCACGAGUUCUUCGUGGAGGACCCAAAGACCGGUCAAAUGCAGAGAGUUGUGACGAAGGAGUUGGCUGAAGUGCGCUGA